CGUAGUGGCUGCUCCCCAUUCAUGCCCCCUUAGUACUAGAGUCUUGCGGCUUCGCUCACGCGCCCUGGGCGUAAGAAUUCUUUCGCCGGUCCCGGAGGUGGACUUGCGCUCAAAAGGGGCGACCGUCGCCACGGUGGCGGCCACUGCAUCGCGUCCUACCUCCGCGGCCCUGGGCGCCGUGGUGUCGGUGGGCCCCGAGCCUAUGACGGGCCAGGGCCAUUCGGCGUCCGGGUCGUCGGGGUGGAGCACGGUAUUCCGCCACGUCCGGUAUGAGAACCUAGUAGCGGGCGUGAGCGGCGGCGUCUUAUCCAACCUUGCGCUGCACCCGCUCGACCUCGUGAAGAUCCGCUUCGCCGUGAGCGAUGGAUUGGAACUGAGACCAAAAUAUAAUGGAAUUUUACAUUGCUUGACUACUAUUUGGAAACUUGAUGGACUACGAGGACUUUAUCAAGGAGUAACCCCAAAUGUGUGGGGUGCAGGUUUAUCCUGGGGACUCUACUUUUUCUUUUACAAUGCCAUCAAGUCAUAUAAGACAGAAGGAAGAGCUGAACGGUUAGAGGCAACAGAAUACCUUGUCUCAGCUGCUGAAGCUGGAGCCAUGACCCUCUGCAUCACAAACCCAUUAUGGGUAACAAAAACUCGCCUUAUGUUACAGUAUGAUGCUGUUAUUAACGCCCCACAACGACAGUAUAAAGGAAUGUUUGAUACACUUGUGAAAAUAUAUAAGUAUGAAGGUGUGCGGGGAUUAUAUAAGGGAUUUGUUCCUGGGCUGUUUGGAACAUCACACGGUGCCCUUCAGUUUAUGGCAUAUGAAUUGCUGAAGUUGAAGUACAACCAGCAUAUCAAUAGAUUACCAGAAGCCCAGUUGAGCACAGUAGAAUAUAUAUCUGUUGCAGCACUAUCCAAAAUAUUUGCUGUCGCAGCAACAUACCCAUAUCAAGUUGUAAGAGCUCGUCUUCAGGAUCAACACAUGUUUUACAGUGGUGUAAUAGAUGUAAUCACAAAGACAUGGAGGAAAGAAGGCAUCGGUGGAUUUUACAAGGGAAUUGCUCCUAAUUUGAUUAGAGUGACUCCAGCCUGCUGUAUUACCUUUGUGGUAUAUGAAAACGUCUCACAUUUUUUACUUGACCUUAGAGAAAAGAGAAAGUAAGCUAAAAGAGGACAAUUCCAGUAUAUCUGCCCAAGGCAGCAACAAGCUCUUUUGUGUUUAAGGCAUAAAAGAAGAAUUCUGCAUAGAAACGUGGCUCAUAUUCGAAAUUGGUCUAUAGUCAUCAGAAGUCAGAGAACUGCUAAGUCUUCCGCAAUGUAUUUCUGCUUUUUGCCUUCCCCAUAUGUAUGGAACUUGGGUACCUCUGCCUGAAAUGGCUGCCAUCCACACAGUGCUAAAACUGACAUGAAGUAUAGAGUUUCACAGAUUUCUGCCUUUUAUUGGUGGAAGCUGAUUCACAACAUUUGCUAAAUGGAUUAGAUGAAUGUACUUCUUUUUGUGAACUUAAUUGCCUAGAUUGCUUUAAAGUUAACCUUUGUGCAAUACCAAGGAAAUGGCUCCUUAAAAGAAUGUCUUUGUAUGUCUCAAGGUGAAUUAAGGAUUUAUUGAAUAAGGUGUUGACCAAAUCCAGACCAUUUUAGAAUUGGGAAAUUUUAGUGAGAAAAAAUCCACUGUAAAUAUGCUUUAGUUUUAAUUCAGUUGGGAUGCACUACCUAGUGAAAAUGGAGAAACUAUAUACUUCUCAGAGAAAUAUCUGACAUCUGUUGUCAUCCCAUUGCUAUUUUUUUUUCCCCAGAGACUUCCAUAAUUUAAAAUAAAAUUCUAGAUUAAUUUCUUGUUUUUUGGCAUAAAUACUUAAUCUAUUGUAAAUUUAUAAAGUCUGAGCUUCUAGGAUCCAGCUGUGUCAACCUUUAUUUAGCAUAUAUAGUUAUAAAUCACUUAUUACAGAUGCUAAAUCACCUUUUACAGAUGCUGAAAUGUUUGGGAUGUGUUUGUCGACAAAGUGAAUGGAAAGGAGAAACUUUAUACUUUAGUUUUCAGAUAUAUGGAUCUAGAUCCCAAAUGAAUGAUUAAUUUUCAUUGGUUUCUCAAAUUCAGGUUGAAAUACAAAUUAAUAGCCUUUAUUGAUUUUUACUUUUAUGAGUCAUUGUAGACAUCUAUAAAUAUAAAAGGGCCUUGUUCCCAAAGGAUGCCAGAAUACUAGUAUUUUUAUUUAUCAUAAACAUCCACGAGUGCUGUUGCACUACCAUCUAUUCGUUGUAAAUAAAACAGUAUUGUUUUCAAAGCCAUCUUUAAGUAGUUCUUUAAAAAUAGGUCUAUUUUUUUAUAUUUUGGAAGUGGCAUUGUUUUUAAAGUAAAGAGAAAAUGAUAAGUACCUAGUUGUAUUUACUGUAAUAUCUUGUAACAUGCAGAUGAAUGCUUUAUCAGUUAAAUGUGAUGUAUUUUUUCAUACUUCUGGAUUAUACUAUAAUUCAUAUGAAAUCUUGGUAUUGGUCCCCAUAUGGAAAAAAUGAACUGCAAUUGAUAUUUGGUGUUUAAGACAGCACUAUUAUUUAAAAACCUCCUAUAUACUCCCAAAUGAAUAAAACAUAAUUCUUGUCCUCUGAGAGCAUA